GGCUUGGCUCCGCGAGGCCCGUGCAUUCCAGAGAGCCGAGCGAGCUAGAGCAACAAAGGAGCCGGGGAGUCGGUGGGGAGAAGUCGGGGGUCUGCGGCGCGCUCGGGCGAAGGUGGCGGCUGGGCCGCGGGGCUGGCGCAGAGGCGAAGCCGGGGAGCUAUCCCCCACCGCCUGCCCGCGCCUGGCCUCCAUCGCGGGGCUGGAAGAUAGUUUUAAGAGGGAAUGGGGCUGGAGAUUGGGGGCCCAGGGGGCUCCCGGGGCUGAAGACAACUUGGAUUGCCCGGAGAAAGAGUAGGGAGUUGUGCAUCCCGGCCGGGGCCUCCGCCGCCCAACAUGGGCCCCGGGUUCCAAAGUUUGCGAAGUUGGGCGCCGAGGGCCCGCGGCUCGCGGAGCGUGCGAGGGGGCCCGGCACCGGAUUCGCCGGGCGCACAGGUCGCCUGAGCCACAUCCGCGGCCCCAAGGGUUGCGUGUGUGGCCGGGGGGCUCCGGGGAGCGGGCGGGGGCGCCGGGGCUUCUGCUGAGUUGGCGGGUUUGGCCAUGGCCGCUGCCCGCCUCGCACUGGGGCCAGGGAUCCUGCUCCUGGGGCUGCUGCUGCUGCUGCUGCUGCUGCUGGGGGGCCCAGGCCGGGGGGCGGCCUUGAGCGGGAACGCGACUGGGCCUGGGCCGCGGAGCGCGGGCGGGAGCGCGAGAAGGAGCGCGGCCGUGACCGGCCCUCCGCCGCUGCUGAGCCACUGCGGCCGGGCAGCCCCCUGCGAGCCGCUACGCUACAACGUGUGCCUGGGCUCGGCGCUGCCCUACGGGGCCACCUCCACUCUGCUGGCCGGGGACUCGGACUCCCAGGAAGAAGCGCACGGCAAGCUCGUGCUCUGGUCGGGCCUCCGGAACGCCCCCCGCUGCUGGGCAGUGAUCCAGCCCCUGCUGUGUGCUGUGUACAUGCCCAAAUGUGAGAAUGACCGAGUGGAGCUGCCCAGCCGCACCCUGUGCCAGGCUACCCGAGGCCCCUGUGCCAUUGUGGAGAGGGAGCGUGGCUGGCCCGACUUCCUGCGCUGUACCCCUGACCACUUCCCCGAGGGCUGCCCGAAUGAGGUGCAGAACAUCAAGUUCAACAGUUCGGGCCAGUGUGAGGCUCCCUUGGUUCGGACCGACAACCCCAAGAGCUGGUAUGAGGACGUGGAGGGAUGUGGGAUCCAGUGCCAGAACCCGCUGUUCACUGAGGCCGAGCACCAGGACAUGCACAGCUACAUCGCGGCCUUCGGCGCAGUCACAGGCCUCUGCACGCUCUUCACCUUGGCCACAUUUGUGGCUGAUUGGCGGAAUUCGAAUCGCUACCCUGCUGUUAUUCUCUUCUACGUCAAUGCGUGUUUCUUUGUGGGGAGCAUCGGCUGGUUGGCCCAGUUCAUGGACGGCGCCCGCCGGGAGAUCGUCUGCCGUGCAGAUGGAACCAUGAGGCUCGGGGAGCCCACCUCCAAUGAGACCCUGUCCUGCGUCAUCAUCUUUGUCAUCGUGUACUACGCCCUUAUGGCUGGUGUCGUCUGGUUUGUGGUCCUCACCUAUGCCUGGCACACCUCCUUCAAAGCCCUGGGCACCACCUAUCAGCCUCUCUCCGGCAAGACCUCCUACUUCCACCUGCUCACGUGGUCACUCCCGUUUGUCCUCACUGUGGCAAUCCUUGCCGUCGCCCAGGUGGACGGGGACUCUGUGAGCGGCAUCUGUUUUGUGGGUUACAAGAACUACCGAUACCGUGCAGGCUUCGUGCUGGCCCCGAUUGGCCUGGUGCUCAUUGUGGGAGGCUACUUCCUCAUCCGAGGAGUCAUGACUCUGUUUUCCAUCAAGAGCAACCAUCCCGGGUUGCUGAGUGAGAAGGCUGCCAGCAAGAUCAACGAGACCAUGCUGCGCCUCGGCAUUUUUGGCUUCCUGGCCUUUGGCUUUGUGCUCAUCACCUUCAGCUGUCACUUCUACGACUUCUUCAACCAGGCUGAGUGGGAGCGCAGCUUCCGGGACUAUGUGCUGUGCCAGGCCAACGUGACCAUCGGGCUGCCCACCAAGAAGCCCAUUCCUGACUGUGAAAUCAAGAAUCGCCCCAGCCUCCUGGUGGAGAAGAUCAACUUGUUUGCCAUGUUUGGAACCGGCAUUGCCAUGAGCACCUGGGUCUGGACCAAGGCCACGCUGCUCAUCUGGAGGCGCACCUGGUGCAGGUUGACUGGGCAGAGUGAUGAUGAGCCCAAACGCAUCAAGAAGAGCAAGAUGAUCGCCAAGGCCUUCUCCAAGCGGCGUGAGCUGCUGCAGAACCCAGGCCAGGAACUCUCCUUCAGCAUGCACACUGUCUCCCACGACGGGCCUGUGGCGGGUUUGGCCUUUGACCUCAACGAGCCCUCUGCUGAUGUGUCCUCUGCCUGGGCCCAGCAUGUCACCAAGAUGGUGGCUCGGAGAGGAGCCAUACUGCCCCAGGAUGUGUCUGUCACCCCUGUGGCAACUCCAGUGCCCCCAGAGGAAAAAGCCAACCUGUGGCUGGUUGAGGCAGAGAUCUCCCCAGAGCUGGAGAAGCGCCUGGGCCGGAAGAAGAAGCGGAGGAAGAGGAAGAAGGAGGUGUGCCCGCUGGUGCCACCUCCUGAGCUUCACCACCCUGCCCCUGCCCCUGCCCCUGCCCCUGCGGCCAGUGCUGUUCCUCGACUGCCUCAGCUGCCCCGGCAGAAGUGCCUGGUGGCCGCAGGUGCCUGGGGAGCUGGGGAAUCCUGCCGACAGAGAGCCUGGACCCUGGUCUCCAACCCUUUCUGCCCAGAGCCCAGUCACCUGCAGGAUCCAUUUCUGCCCAGUGCCCCAGUUCCCACGGCGGCCUGGGCUCAGGGCUGCCGGCAGGGGCUGGGGCCCAUUCACUCCCGCACCAACCUGAUGGAGGCAGAGCUCAUGGAUGCAGAUUCAGACUUCUGAGCCCGGAGAGUGGGACCCGGGAUAGGAAAGAGCAGCAAAUACCAUUCUGAGGUUCUUCAUCCUCCCUGAGAGUGCUUCCCCAGGGUCUUGUCUUCCAGAGCACCUGAGGGUGCCGUGCCCUCCCAGGAGGGCUCUAUAUGUCUGGCUCAGGGCAGCAGGACUGUGGGAAAGGGCCCUGACAUCUCUACGGGCAGGCCUCAUCCAGGGAAGGACCCUGGAGCUCAGGGUCCUUGUUUCUGCCCCACCAGCUGGAGUCUGGCUGGCAGUAUCCAUGUGCAGCAGGGUCAUGAGAUCUGCAGAGCUUGGGGGCUGGGGGGGCAGUGACAGUGGAGGCAGGGGUGACAGUACCCAGAGUGGCCUGUGGUAGCCAAUGAGGCAGCCAGGCCCAUACCUGGCAGAUGAGGGCUGGCUGCCCUUUUCUGUGCCAGUGGAUGCCCUUUUCUGGCACUCUCAGACCAAAUGUGUUUAUUGUGUCAUUAGUCCUUUGUCUAGGUGGGGACGGGGCUCCCUUCUCCCUCUUCUAGGUGGUUGUGGAGCUGGAAGUGCCUAUUCCCGUAGGGGCUAUAGCCUCUCUUCACAGGUGCCCGGUUGGCCCGACCCCAGGCCAGUAGCCCGUCCUGUAUGCUCCUGUACCCUCCUUCCCCUUUCCCAUUUCAGUGCAACCAGGCCAACCUCUACCUGUUUCCCUGUUCGUUGAUUAGGACCCAGAACUGCUGCAUGCUCCAUUCCUCCCCCAUCCCCCACCCUUUUGAUGCUGGCUUCAUCUCCAGGUGAGAGACUGGUUCAGCUAUAGAGCCUGGCGUGGUGUAGAAGCGUGUUCUCCCUUCCUCCCGUCCAUCCAGUGGGGGGGGUGGAUCCUCUGACUUGAGGGGCUAACCUGGGAGGCUGCUGGAGCUUCAGCCAGGCAGGAACGCUUCCUUCAACUUCCACAACUGGUGGGUGAGGAGAUUCCCACCUCUCAUAACCCCUGACUAUGUCUCCAAGGCCCCAAUUUCAAGAGCCAGACAGCAGGAAGCCUUAGGAGCUGGCUGGGUUCCAGAUCGGGGAUAGGGAUGGGGAGAAAUACAAACAGUAAAUAAAAGGUUUUUGUAUAAA